CGCCGGGGAUGCGGAUUACGUAACCGCGCUCCAGUCUACGUCGCUGCCCGUGUCGCGAUAGCCGGUGUCACGUGGUCGGGCGAGGGUGAUUGUGGGAAAACAAACAGUGCAGUGAGCUACGUCUCCAGUGUUUGUGGAAGCGGCCGGAGGUGGUGACGGCUUUAGUUGGCGAAGAAGCGGCUUGUACGACGGGGAGGAGCAGCUGUAGUCCGGCCAGCCAGGAAAACUCCAGUGUGAUAAUGUGCGCGGGAGUCCGAAGGAGACGUACAGGGCAGUGCCGUUUUCACACGGACGGCAGUUCGACGGGCGACUCGUAAAAGUUGGACUCUGUCCGGGCUGCCAGCGGGGCUGCGGUGAGCGGGUUAGCCGGCCCACUGACUGAGCGAUCGGGGCCACCCAGAGGGUCAGUAUCGUGUAGCCGGCCCAACGACCAAGUGAUCGAGGGCGCCCGGGGGUGAGUGCCGCGUAGCCGCUUCCCCGGGGGAGGAUGGCGUUUGUCACCCCGCAGCAGCAGCAGCGAGCGGUAAACGGCGCGUCCACGGAGCGGCCCGGUUCGGGACUGGUGUACGCCAGAUAAAGACGGCACUUUUGGGGGGAGGGAGCUGCUGGCUGCCUUUACCGAACCGCGUCCGCUCGUCUGGGUCAUUAAGAGAAGCUUGGCGGCCGAAAGGCGCGUAUGGAGCCGCUCUGCAGCGGGGAUGUAGCAGGCACUGCUCGGAAAGUUUGUAUCCUGCUUAAGCAGCAUCAGUGACGGACGAUUUAGCGCAGAGCCGGCACCUCUGUGCCCGGCGUGCGGCCGAAGGUGAAACAUGUGGAACCCUGGAUCUGCGGGCCUGCAGCUCCUAGGCAAGGUCCUGAAACAUGUGGCGGGCAAAGGGCAGCUGCACCUGAGGAGCUGGCUGCAGAGGUCCGCCCAGGACUCCGCCGACUGCGACAAGAUGGACAUCCUGAUAUGCAGCGCGUUUGAGGAGAGGGUCGCCGGCGGCAAGCUGGACGCCGAACUAGACGGCGAAGUUGGCGUGGACGGCGGCGUCUCCUUCCUCGGGGACGCCCGGCACCCCUACUGCGUUUCCACCUGUUGCUUUAAGAGCGCUGUCUUGGUCUGUAUCCUGACAGCCGUGUGCUUCUCCUCUGUGGCUCUGGUGCGCCAGUACCUGAAGGACCUGCUCAUGUGGGUGGAGAGCUUGGACAGCCUGGUGGGUGCGCUGCUCUUCAUAGUGGGCCUGAUCUUGGUGUCAUUCCCCUGCGGCUGGGGCUACAUCGUCCUCAACGUGGCUGCCGGAUACCUGUACGGCUUUGUGCUUGGCAUGGGGCUUGUCAUGGUCGGGGUGCUCAUCGGGACCUUCAUCGCUCACGUAGUCUGCAAGCGCUUAUUAACAGACUGGGUUCUGACCCGGAUAGGGAACAGCGAGCAGCUGAGUGCCGUCAUACGGGUGGUGGAAGGGGGCAGUGGACUUAAAAUUGUGGCCUUAGCGCGACUCACCCCGAUACCGUUUGGACUUCAAAAUGCGGUAUUUUCGAUCACAGAUGUGUCGCUGCCGAAUUACCUGGUGGCUUCCUCUGUUGGUCUGCUGCCUACACAGCUCUUGAACUCGUACCUGGGGACCACGCUCCGCACGAUGGAGGACGUCAUCGCGGAGCAGAGUGUCAGCGGCUACUUCGUGUUCAGCUUGCAGAUCGUCAUCAGCAUCGGCCUCAUGUUCUAUGUCGUCCACCGAGCCCAAGUGGAGCUGAACGCCGCCAUCGCUGCCUGCCAGAUGGAGCUGAAGACGUCGUACGUGAACGGCGGCGUGCUGAACUACGGCGGGGCCACCUACUGCAGCAAGCGGACCGGGGUCGCCGGGGGCGGGGUCGCCGGGGGCGGGGUCAACGUGGUGUGAGCCCACGCGGAGCGCAGAUACAACUACAUGUAACAUAUAAAGAAAACCAUUUUAAAAUUUGCCGGUAUGCGCCGAACGCUAACGGCGAACAAUGCAGCUGAUGGAGGCUUGCGGACGCAUGACCAGCUGGUGCUGUCGUUCUGCCAUGCGCCCCUGCUUUUCUGGGGGGCCUGCGAGGGCUUUUCCGGAUACCGGCCCGUUGCCCUGGGCACUAUGGCACAACGCGGAGGGUUAAUCUGAGCCGCUAGACGUAAGGACAUCGGGAGGCUGUGAAACGGCUCGUACCCGAUCCAGCAUCUAACAUGGCUUUACAGUGCAUUUUAUAUAGUGUUUCCCAGCUGUGCAUUUGGUUAUUUUUUCCAUGAUAAUAUUCUAUUUCAGUUGCUGUUUUUCUCUAAUUUAAAGCCAGAAGAGCGCUAUGGCUGUCCGUGCCCCCUGGUCUCCCCGUCUGCACCCUCGUGCAGCGGGUCGCUCUCUGCGUGGUCCCCGGCGUCGCAUCACGACGCCAACAGAUGGCCGAUCUUUGAGCACGGAGCUCAAACGGGGCAAAUCGUCAGAUUGCGCGGCCCUGCGAGGUGCGAGAGGUUACAGACGUCACGAGCAAAGGCCAUUCGGUACAAAAGCAGAAAGCUGUAGAAUGUUAUAUAGUGUAGGCGGUUCUAUUUAAACAUGUUGCCCAAUGAGUGCACAAGCUGUUUUAUCCGCUUCUGAAUUGUUAUAGUAUUUGAGACUCACGUUAAAUAGUUUUGAUGAUAUAAGCUGCUUUAUGACUGUUGUCUGAAGGCCCCCCCCCCCCACUGGGGUAACUGGAGCAGUUUUCAGGUUUGAAAACACAGGUGCCGUGUGAGUGCGAGAUGUGCUGUGGACAUCAGUCAGCCGAGAUGGUAAACAAGCAUGCCCUCGUUAACUGGGGGUCUGUACGGUACAUGGUGACAGGGCAGUAGUUUGCAUCCAUAGAUCCUGCUUGUAUCGUGUAGCACAGUGUUCCCCGACCCGGUUAUCGGGAAACCCCAGGAAGUCAGUCUGGGCCCCCCCACCCCGAGGACCGGAUCGGGAAACACUGCUGUAGCUGCUCAGACGGCCUGGCAGACAUGGGAUCUCCCCAGUGCCGCUGGAACAAUAACAUUUAUUAAUCUAUUAAGCUCCUUUUAGUAAAAGUUUCUAUGACCAGUGCUGGCAUUGUUUUUGCGUCCUAUUGAAAUUUCCGAACAGCCUGUUCUAUGUUUUUAUUUAACCUCUGUUCAUAUAUAUAAUAGCUGUCAACACUUGACUUUCUUACUAACAGUUGAUUGUUGUGCAAUGUAUGCCAAGUAAUUUUUUUUAAAUUAAAUGUUUAAGUUUGACUUACAUCCCAGCUGCUAAUUUGUUUAAAGCUAUCAUUAUCUAUAUUUUAGAGCUGAUCAGAUAGCAGUUUUGCAGCUUAAGGCCCUGUGUGUGAAACUUAGCAAUAAUUUUUGAGAAGCAAAUGAAUCUUAUCCACUUAAGCUGGAUAUCGAAGCAUCUGACAUUCCCCAGCUUGUGCUAUAACGCUAACCUGCCUUGUGCAUCCUGCUGCAUAUAACAUAAUGGACCGGUACUGGGCUGCAAACGGGUCCCAUUAUGGGUUUUGGGCAGGGGGCUUGUACAGCACCCCCGGCCCGAUCCGGUCCGAUGCAAAAAAAAAUUUAAAAAUCGGUGUCUGAAUGCAGGCUUCAGUCUGACACGCUUUAAAAUGUACAAGGCUCGAAAAGCCAUGUCAGUCUCGUGGAAAUGCUUGCACUCUGUUUAAAGAGGUAUGAACUUCCGAUGGUGGGGAUUUACGGAAAUGAGGGAUGUCUUCGGCAGACUCUGAUAUGUCCGUAGCAGUGCUGAGAAUCACAAGCUGGGCAAGAGCCCACGUGGCACCAGGCACAGGUCAGGCACUAUCGGGACAUAUGAGACGUGGCCCAACAAAGUGCAUUACAUAUAUGCUGUAUUUUGACAUACAGAGACGUUUACAGUGUGUAAAUGAAUAUCGCUGUAAGGCUUGUUCAGUGUUAUCAAAUAAAAUGUCAAAGUGUAAAUUACUUAUGCUCUGGGAUGCAAAAUCAAUAGAAUAAAAAAUUUAGAACUUGAA